CUAAAGGAAAGAUGUUUGGUUUUCACAAGCCAAAGAUGUACCGAAGUAUAGAGGGCUGCUGUAUCUGCAGAGCCAAGUCCUCCAGCUCUCGGUUCACGGACAGUAAACGUUAUGAAAAGGACUUCCAGAGCUGUUUUGGGUUGCAUGAGACUCGCUCUGGAGACAUCUGCAAUGCCUGUGUCCUACUUGUGAAAAGAUGGAAGAAGUUGCCAGCGGGGUCAAAAAAAAACUGGAAUCAUGUGGUAGAUGCAAGGGCAGGACCCAGUCUAAAGACAACACUGAAACCAAAGAAAAUGAAAACUCUAUCUGGAAACAGGAUGAAAAGCAACCAGAUCAGUAAACUGCAGAAGGAAUUUAAACGCCACAAUUCUGAUGCUCACAGCACCACCUCAAGUGCCUCUCCAGCCCAGUCUCCCUGCUACAGUAACCAGUCAGAUGAUGGCUCAGAUACAGAGAUGGCUUCCAGCUCUAAUAGAACUCCAGUUUUUUCCUUUUUAGAUCUUACCUACUGGAAAAGACAGGAAAUACGUUGUGGGAUCAUCUCUAAGGGCAGUUUUGGCGAAGUCCUCAUGGACACCCAUCUCUUCAAGCCUUGCUGCGGCAGAAAGAAAGCAGCUGCUGAGAAGCCUGAGGAGGAGGGGCUGGCACCUCUCCCCAUCUCCACUCAGGAGUGGUGACUAAGGUUCAUGUAGAAGGGAACAAAGAUUGAUUUAAACUUUGAAAAGACCACAAAGCAACAAACCGACCCUUCUAUUUUUAACUUGGAUACCUAUUAU